UUCUUCUCUAUUUAAUCGCCCAGUACCUCACAUAUAGGACAUACCCACUUCAUUCUUCUUCUUCUUCCUCCUCCUCCUCUGCUUUUGAAGAUCAAGUAGGGAUAUAUACAUAGAGAGCAAUUAAUAAUGUCUACAGAGGAGAAGAAAAGGUUGCAGAAAAGCUACUUUGAUGUAUUGGGUUUGUGCUGCUCUUCAGAGGUUCCUAUGGUUGAGAACAUCCUCAAAUCCAUUGAUGGAAUCAAAGAUUUUUCUGUCAUUGUCCCAACAAAAACCCUCAUUGUUGUCCAUGACAAUCUCCUCAUUUCUCAGCUUCAAAUUGUGAAGGAACUGAACAAACAGAGACUUGAAGCCAAUGUAAAAGCAUCAGCAGGAGAUGUGGGUAUCUUCAAGAAAAAGUGGCCAAACAAAUACACAUUUGUUUGUGGUUUAUUGCUUUCAAUUGCAGCCUGGAAAUACAUGUACCAUCCUUUGCAAUGGGUAGCUCUGGCUGCGGUGGCCGUCGGGCUUUUUCCGAUCCUCCGUAGAGCCUAUGCCUCAAUUAAAAACUUUAGGUUUGCAGACAUCACCAUCCUCAUUCUUAUUUCAGUGAUAGCAACAUCUGCCAUGGGUGACUUUUUAGAAGCUGCAACUAUUGUCUUCUUCUUCAACUUUGGAGAUUGGCUAGAGUCAAGGGCAGGCCAAGAGACAAACGCAGUGAUGCAAGAAUGGAUGAACAUAACCCCUCAAAAGGCAGUCAUAGCCCAAACAGGAGAAGAAGUAGAAGUGGAAAUGGUCAAGCUGAAUACAAUCCUUGCUGUUAAGGCUGGUCAAGCUAUACCUAUUGAUGGAAUCGUCGUUGAUGGCGAAUGUGAUGCUGAUGAGAGAACUUUAACCGGGGAGUCAUUUCCUGUGUCAAAGCAAAAGGACUCUACUGUCUGGGCCGGCACGAUGAACCUGAAUGGUUAUAUUAGUGUCAAAACAACUGCUCUAGCUGAAGACUGUUUGGUGUCUAAAAUGACACAGCUAGUAGAAGAAGCUCAAAACAACAAAUCACAAACUGAGAGAUUCAUUAACAAAUGUGUCAAGUAUUAUACUCCAGCGGUGAUACUUAUAUCGAUGUGCUUUGCUGUGAUUCCAGCCGCGUUAAGAGUUCACAACCUCAAACACUGGCUUUACUUAGCUCUGGUUGUUUUAGUAAGUGCAUGUCCAUGUGCUCUUGUCCUCUCAACCCCAGUUGCAACUUUCUGUGCAAUUACAAAGGCUGCACAUUAUGGUCUUCUAAUCAAAGGUGGCGAAUAUCUUGAAACUCUUGCGAAAAUUAAGGUCAUGGCUUUUGACAAAACUGGCACAGUUACAAGAGGUGAAUUCGUCGUGACAGAUUUCCGAUCCCUCUGUGAUGACAUUAGUAUUGACAGAUUGCUUUAUUGGGUUUCAAGCAUUGAAAGUAAGUCAAGUCAUCCAAUGGCAGCUGCACUUGUGGAAUAUGGAAGGUCACUUUGCGUCGAGCAGAAGCCUGAAGAUGUGGAGGAGUUUCAGAAUUUUCCCAGCGAGGGCAUCUAUGGAAAAAUUGAAGGCAAAGACAUCUAUAUUGGAAACAGAAAAAUUGCUCUUAGAGCUGGUUGCAGAACAGUUCCAACUACGGAAGGUGAUUCUGAUGGAGGAAAGGGUGUAAGAUACAUAUUUUCCGGGGCAACCCCAGCGGGAAUUUUCAGCCUCUCUGACGCUUGUCGAACAGGAGUUGAUGAUGCAAUCAAAGAGCUUAAGUCACUGGGAAUUAAGACUGCUAUGCUUACCGGAGAUAGCAAUGCAGCAGCAACACAUGUACAAGAGCAGCUAGACAAUGCAAUAGAUUUGGUUCAUGCCGAACUACUUCCUGAAGACAAGGCAAAGAUUAUUGAAGGAUUUAAGGAGGAAGGUCGAACUGCCAUGAUUGGAGAUGGUGUGAAUGAUGCUCCUGCCUUGGCAACUGCAGACAUUGGCAUCUCAAUGGGAGUUUCAGGCUCGGCUCUGGCAACUGAGACAGGGCAUGUGAUUCUUAUGUCAAAUGAUCUGAGAAAAAUACCAAAAGCCAUCAAACUCGCAAGAAAAGCUCAUCAGAAAGUUAUUCAAAAUGUGGUGCUGUCAUUUUCUACAAAAGCCGGUAUCCUUGCCUUGGCAUUUACAGGUCAUCCACUUGUUUGGGCUGCUGUUCUUGCUGAUGCAGGAACAUGCCUGAUAGUAACCCUUAACAGCAUGCUGCUAUCAAGAGGAACCCACAAACACGGAGCAAAAUCUGCCGAAUCUCGUACUAAACACGAACAUAAUCCUUCUGGUGGUAGCCACAAACAUCAGCAUUGUUGCUCUCAGAAAAAGAAACAAGUAGUAUGUGAACCUAAAAAGUGUUCUACUGCAACAUGUCAGCCUAACCCUUCGGGUUUCGACUCAUGUGGGACUAAUAAGUGCAGUGAUUUGCAUCAAUAUCAUAAGUGCUGUGAUCAUAGUAAUCGUAACACGAUCCAUACUGAUGCAGUGGCACAUGAUCAUAUACACAACCAUGGCUGUUCUGGUUCUAAAAAUCUGAACUUGCAUCCGGAACAUGAGGGCGAAAACGAGGUUCAUGUUGCUAACCAUGUUAAUCAUACCAUUGACAUAGAAGAAGGCAACAAGAUUUCUGAGAGCAGUCAUUGCCAUUCAAUUCAUUCUUCUGACUCAAGUAAGACAGAUUCCUGCUGCAAUCAUCACCAUCAAGAUACAACCAUAGAUGACCCACCAGACCAUAUGCAAUCAGUGGCUCUGCAAGCUUGUAUGAGUUUGGAGAAGAGAGAAGUUGGGACCUGUUGCAAGUUGAAGCAAUGUUGUAAUAAGGUAGGACACCUUGGUUUUGUAUCUGGGUUUGGUGGAGGGUUGUCUGAAGUAGUGAUAGAAUAAAUUUUGGUAAUUGCAUAGAAGCCUAAAACUUUUAAGUGGCUACUUCUGCAAUCACGAAGUUAUAUAGGUUAGCAGUGUUGCACAUAUAGAUUCCAAGUAUGCAUGGUCUUUGUCCUACGUGGACGGACGGAUGUUGUGGAGUGCUUAAUACCUUCUCCACAUAUAAUUAGGUUCAUAUAGUUUUGCCAAUUAUGAAGAAAACAGUCUGCUACUCCAAAGAA